AUGAACCCGUUCGCAGAGCUUUUUCACCGGAUCGCCCUGCUCGUCCUCACGCCCAAAUGCUACCAAGUGUUUUUCUACGAUUUGGAUUUCUUCAACGGUACUUGUAUAAGGUCUGCUCUCAGUAAAGGUCUUGGAUUUGGUAUAGUCGGCGGAUCUCUUUUAGUCAAACUUCCACAAGUUAUCAAAGUAUGGCAAAGCAAAAGUGCUGUUGGAAUUAGUUUGGUAAAUGUUUGCAUGGAUCUAUUUGCUGUCACAUCAAAUGUUGUGUAUAGCUAUUCUAGCCAAUUUCCAUUCAGCUCAUGGGGUGAUUCAUUGUUCAUACUAUUCCAAACAUUACUAAUUGUAAUAUUAGUUUUCUACUAUAACAUAUCUAAGAGGGCGGCUAGUGCUUUCGCAUUUAUUUAUUGCUCAUUAUUGUUCCUUCUCGUAUCUGAUAUUGUUCCAAAUUCUUUUCUCUGGAAUGCACAGUUUAUCAGUAUACCUUUAAUGUUUUAUGGCAAGAUGACUCAAGGCUAUGUGAAUUUCCAAAAUAAAAGCACUGGGCAAUUGUCAAUGGCUACAUCUAUUCUUUUAUUUUUAGGAUCAUCUGUACGCGUAUUCACAUCCGUGCAAGAAACUGGAGAUAAUCUUUUAAUUUGGAGUUUUGCUCUUGCAUCUAUUGCUAACUUUAUAAUUGUUACUCAAUUUUAUUGCUAUAAAUCAGGGUCCCCUGUUAAGACUAAAAAAAAAACAAAAAAGAAUAAAAGAGCAUAA